CUGAAGUAUAAAGAGGACCCAGGAUGUCAUACGAUCCAUCCAGUGCUAUUAUAGAAGACUACGCGUCGAGCUUGCGGGAACUAACGUUCAAUUCCCGACCAAUUAUCGAUAAUUUGACCACGAUUGCCAAAGAAAACACCGAUGUUGCUGAUGGGAUAUUGAAUGUUAUAACUCAAAGGAUAUAUAAAUGUAUUCCAGAACAGAAACUAUUCAGUUUAUAUUUGUUGGAUUCCAUAUGCAAAACGGUAGGGAAUCCGUAUAAUAUAUUAAUUGGGGAUGAGAUAUUCAAACUCUUCUCGCAUGUGUAUUUAUUAGUCAAUGAUACUGUUCGAAAGAAGUUGAAUAACUUAUUUGAGACCUGGAAGAUGACUAAGACCAAGGGUACUGCAUUGCCUAUAUUUCCUAAAGAGCAGCUUGAUAAGAUUGGUAAAUUUUUAAGUCAAGCCGGGUAUAAGGGGAAAGUAAAUGAUGAUAAAGUAUUAACUAAUAGUUCAUUGAUUAAAGAUAUUGAUACGUUGAUACCAAUAUUCCAAAAUAAGUUGAUUAAUAAUCCCGAUCCCGAAUUAAAUGAUCGAUUCAAUGCAUUAAGCCAAUUAAAAGUAUUAUUAUCAAAUCAAACCAUGCAAAAAAAUGAUUUGAUUGCAGUUCAAACAAAAUUAACUGCUAUUAAACAACAAGAAUUGGCCACUGCUACAUCACCAAUACCUCAAAACACUCAUAUAAAUGUUAAAGAAUCACAAACACCAGGGAUACCACAAGUCCCGCCAGCAAUCAACCAUACCAAUAAGGCUAAUGAAUUAUUCAAUGCUUUAAUUAUAUCUGGUUUAGUUAAAGUAGACCAAUCAUUAAAACCAGGAUCAAAACCUCACUAUGAGGUGGUUUUACCAAAAAUUAAGUAUAAUCCAACUACAACCAGUGCCACUUCGAUUAAUAAAACUGAAACCAAUGAAGUUGAAGAUUUUUUCCUUAAAUAUACUCAAUACUUAAGUAACACUACUGUUUACGAACAAUUAAAAUAUAAUGAAAUCUUAAAAUUAUCUAAAAAAUUAUCAACCAGCAAGUCAACCAAAAUCAAUUUACAAAAUUUCAUCAAUUCUAAUGAUUUAGAACAACUGAGCUUACAAUUAUUAUAUGAAUGUAAAGCUUCCAAGUGUGGUAUAUGUGGUAAGAGGUUUACUAAUGAUGAGAUUGGUACCACAAGAAAGCAGUUGCAUUUAGAUUGGCAUUUCAGAAUCAACAAAAAAUUGGGUAAUCAAAAUUCCAAUAUCCAAUCGAGAAAUUGGUAUCUUGAUGAUUACGAUUGGGUUAAAUUCAGAGAUGAUAAUUUAUUAGAAUUCAAUACAAAUAAUCUUUCGAAUGAAGCUAAUAUGAUUCAAGAUAAUGAUACAACAUCAAAACCAAUUCCUUACGUUGUUAUUCCUUCAAAUGAAACGAAUAUGAAUAACAAGUGUCUUAUCUGUCGUGAAUCGAUCAAAGCCACUUACAACGAUGACAUUGGAGAGUGGUGCUGGUAUAAUUGUAUUGCGUCUCCUAAUGAUAAGACCAAUCGUAAGAUCUUUCACGCCACUUGUUUCAAUGAGGCUAGUAAGAAAAGAGGGGCAGAUGAAGAUUUAAACUCUAAAGUUAAAAGAGAAAAAGUUUAAUUAC